AUGGCGGAAGAUAACGUGAGCAAGGAGGCAGAGGUGGAGAGGCACUUAGCUGAGAUGGCGGAGGCAGCAGAGCUGGGCGGAAGGCUGGACGUGGUGGACGGCCCACAGGCGGACGGGAGUUGCGCGCGCGGUUCUGACUUGCGCAGUUCGCAGCCGCACGAUGUAGAAGCGGCGGACACUGUAGACGCGCGCACUUCUGGCGCGCGCUGCUUAGAAGCACAGGACGGCGAAGCGAGCGAUGUUGAGAUGAACGCCAGGGAUGGAGCGGACGUGGUAGCUGGGGACGAGCAGCAAGUGGACGACGAGAACGACCCCGACGGAACGAUCAGCCGUCGCACACGCGCGCGGGUGUCGCUGGCACAGACCCCGAUAGAGGAGCUCGAGCGUGCCCAGCUGGCAGCGCUGCUGGCGUGUCACGUCCAGCUGGCAGUGCAGGUGUACGCGGUGUGUGUGCUGGACCCCUCUCGCUGCCAGGUGGCGACGGUGCUCCGGGGAUUGCUGGCACAGCUGGCGCAGUGGGGGGGAGGUGCUACUGGGGGAGGUGGCACCACUGGGAGAGGUGUUACUGGGGGAGGUGUUGGGGGAGGAGGUGGUACUGCUGGGGUAGAGGCACUCAGUGCCAGUCCAGACGUACUUGCGUCUGACAGACGAGGGAGUGAGACGCGCAGGGUGGGUGGUGGUGGGGGGCAUGGUGAAAGAUUCGGUGGUGGUGGAGGAAGGGAUGGGGGAGAGGAGAUGCACGGGGAAGGAGUUGCUGAGGAGGUGUUAAGGAGAGGGGGGAAUGGGGGUGACGUGGGAAAUGCGAGCGAUGGAGGAGCAGAGCCCAUGGCACAAGGGAGUGGAGGACGUGGGCGUGGUGAGAGUGGUGGGAAAGAGUUGAACGAGGGGGGCAAGGUGCGGGUAGAGAGCGAGGCGGGGGAGCGGAUGGAGGCACAGGGCACGUCAAAGGAGAGGGUGGAGGAGGGAGAUGGGGAGAGAACAAAAAGGACGGAACCAGAGGGUGGCGAGAGGGAGUUGCGGCGGCAGCCAGAUGCAGAGGGUGGUGAGAGUGAUGGUUCUGUGCAGCGGCAGCGAGAUGAAGAGGGUAGUCGAGGGCUUUCUCUGAGAGACACCCCUCGGUUCCAGCCCACCCACAGCGUUUCUUUUGGGCCUCGAGGGGCGAAGGAGGGAAAGCAAGGGGGAGGAGGGGAGGAAGAGAAAGAAGGGGAAGAAGAAGGGGAGGAAGGCAGACGGGAGGAGGUGGACGAGGGGGGGGAAGGGGAGGAGGAGGGGGAGGAGGGGCGGAGGGCGGGGUUGGGCGAGGUGGUGCGGGUGCGGGGCGAGGUGGCAGCGGCCCUGCAGCCGCUGGCAGGCGCGUUUGAUGCGUCGCUCUUCCCCGUGGUGCGCCCGCCCCUGCUGCACCGCACCAUCUUCUCCCCCGCUGAGGACUGUCUGCUGGCCAUGGGCGUGGAGCAGCUGAGCACGGACUGGGAGGCCAUCCACAGGCGCUUCCUGCCGGGGAAGACUCCGCACCAGAUCUCCAUCCGGUGGAAGAACCGGUGCUCCUCACGCGUGCCCGACAACCCCAUCAAGCGAGUGUGGCGGCGCAAGACUGCUCCCUUGACUGACCACGAGGUCGACCAAAUACAGACG